GAAAAGGCACCGCCCCUAACGACUGUGGCCAACUUUCGUGAUGUUGCAAGCUUGGUCAAGAACAUCGAACCAGGAUUGUUGUAUCGUAAUGAUGCGAGUCGAGAAGACCUUAACACUCUUCGCGACCGACAUAAAAUACGAUCAGUGAUAGAUUUACGCGGCAUGAAUCCGUGGCCCAUGAUCUCUACAUUGCAACUGCCGGGCAAGCACGAUACCGAUUAUACUUACCAGUAUCCAGAUCUAAUCGCCUGUACCAGCAUACUCGGCCUUAGGUUGCAUUACAUAGGCCUCGGUGGUCCGCAAUAUGGCCGGUAUGUGGCAAGUCAGAUAGGUUUUUGGAACAAAGCCAAAGCCUUCACCGAAAUUGCUUUCAUGCCGGCAAGCGGCAUUAAGAAUUGGAAAACCUUUGUCAACACGAAGAUGGGUAAAGAACGCAUGGCUAUACCCGAGGCCAUCAUCGAUCACUCAUUACCACAGAUCAAGGCUAUCUUCAAGGUCUUGACGGAUCCUUCGUCAUAUCCAGUCUUGAUCUUGAACAACUGGGGCACGGAUUUCGUGUCGCUGAUCACAUGGAGUGCAUACAUCGCGAUUACAUGCAGACAUACGACGCAU